AUGACCCUGAUGACCCGGCUCACUGGGCGAGUCUUUCCCGCAUUGACACCAACGGCUGGUUGCGUUUCUCCCGCCGAGGUGCUGAGGACCGUUAAAUCGUUCAAAAACGGUUCUUCUGGAGGCUUGGAUGGCCUACGACCCCAGCACCUUAAGGAUGUUUUUUCAGGCCCCUUGCCAAUCGACGACACACUGAAUUCCUUAACCCAAUUCAUUAAUUUGAUCCUAUCUGGAGCUUGCCCACUCUCCGUCCGCCGUUUGCCCAAAUUGAUGUACUUCCUGCGUACAUCCAAAUACAUUGACCCUUCUAAAUUGGGCGAAUUUGACGGAGUCCUGCGCACCGCCCUGUCGUCGAUAUGCAAUGUUCAAGAACCAUCCGGCAUUUCUGCGCAUGAUGGUAGGCGACCGGACGGAUGCACGCUAAUACCUUGGAGAGCCGGCAGAUGUUUGGCGUGGGAUGUUACGGUCCCUGGCACCCUCGCCGAACGAUACGUAAACCUGACAAGUAAAGAAUGCGGUUUGGCUGCGGCCAGGGCAGCGGACGAGAAAAUGAAAAAAUAUGGGAAUGCCCUCCCCUCGAUGGAAUUCUUGCCAAUAUGCAUUGAGGUUCUCGGCCCGAUGGACCCCAACACCCUUAAAUUUCUUAAGGAAAUAGGCAAAAUGAUCAGUGUCAGAUCAGGUGACAGCAGGGAACUGUUUUUUGCAACCAACCACAUUUCGUGCUUGUUGCAGCGGUUCCUGCGUAUCUGUGUGCUUGAAAAUAUCCAACUGAAUGCCGACAUGUGCAAUUAA